AAACGAAACGAAACGUCAACAUUAUUUGUCAUCCGUUGUACGUACGCGUAAUUUAUAUCCUUUUUGUGGAGAGAGUGAAAAUAAUCGUAAAUUUUGUGUAAUACAAAGAUAAAUAUUGGUGUACUUAAGUGAUUUAUAAAAGAAAUUAUCUAUUUCAACAAUGGGUGACGCGUGCCAGGCUUGCCUUGCCCGGGUGCCCCAUGCCACACUCAUCGCAACGAUUAUGUGUUGCCUGGGCGUGGGUGUGUUCUGCGGGACUAUGUACCGGGGCUCUGCUCUUUCAAUACUAAUGUUUGACGAAGUAUUUCACUUCCGAUUGAUAUGGAUUGAAGCGCUGCAAAUGAUAUUCAUAGUGGGCAGUGCCUGUAUGGCAGCUCUGGGCUUCAUGCUUUUGUGUUUGGGUUGUUUGACAACAGGCGCCACCAGGCAGAAAGUAUACCGGGCCUGGAGAGCCCGUGUCGGAGGCCGGAUAUCCUGCGCCGUGUUUAUGAUCAUAACAUACAUUUUGACUUUUGUAUGGAUUAUGUUACUAGGAUUUCUAGUUAUUACGACAUUCUUAUUUACGAUAUUCUGGAAACUUUGUUCGAAACCGAAAAACAUCGACUUAUCGACGUGUAUUGACUUUACUCAAUUUGAUUUCAUGUUCCCUUCAAGUGUCAAGCAAGAGGAUAUGAGAAUAUGUGAGGCACACAAAAUAAAGUUGUUCUGCAAAGACUAUGUAGAGAAGGCAGAAUUCAUGUUCAUUCUGGCGAUGGUGUCAUGCAUACUUGUAAUACUGAGCUUGGUCCAUUACUUGAUGUGCCUGUCAGCUAACUAUGCCCACAUCCGAGACCAUGAGAAGUUCCAGGAGCUGCAGGAGCUGCAGUACUUGACCAACCCGGACCUGCAUGCCUCUAAAGAUCGUUUCUAGUAUAUGGCCCGCGCACCUCUACUGCGCUCCCUAGAAGCUACAACUAAAAUGUGACAAAGUUAAACAAUUGACUGUACUUUUAAUAAAUUUUGGUGUUCACUGACAAAUUGAAAAUAUUGAAAAGACUGACAUUCAGUGAAUGGUUACUGCAAGAGUGUAGCUAUCUAGUUGUAACUAAACAUGUACCUAUUGUAUUUCACAUAUCUUAUUUCUCAAUGAAUUAUUGAUUCUGUCCACACUUUAGAACAUUCCUUUGUUUAGAUGUUUACGGAGAAUUUGUUAAAGAGAAGCAAAUAUUUCAAUGUUUAGGUGCUUAUCUAAGUAUUACUUUGUCUUUGUUUAAUUGACUUGUAUUAGUAACCUAGUAAGUGUAUUGUUGUAAGAUAUCACUAUAAUUAUAUGUCAACGGGACAUACCUUAUUAUUGAUGUGACCUUUUAAAUAAUAUCUAUACAAUAUUUAUAAAUUAUUUUCGACAAUUGUUCUUUAUUGUUGCUUAUGUCUUUGUAUGACUACUGUACAAACAAAAGAACAUUGAUAAACAAUAUCUGACAGUGAUAUCACUUAUUUUUGCAAUUGGACAUGUUUUUGUUCAAAGUUUAGUACAAGGAAUUAUAUAUUUUUAUUUAUAAAAUUUACUGGAAGACUCAAGUGUUUAUAUGCAGGUGUAAGAAACCAUAAGUUGUUCAUUUAAUUAAAGCAAAUAGUUAGUUGUAAGUAAUUAAAUUAGUAGACUGAAAUUUUUAUCACUUAUCAAACCUUAAUUUUGAAGUUUUACUUAUUGUCAAAAAUGCAUUUAAUCCUAAUACAGUAAAACUUCUUGGUAGCUAUUCUAUAAUGUGCAUCUAUUUGAGCAGCAAUUUUUACAAAAUAAUAGCUUUUCUGAGUACUCUUAUUUUUAAACUGUGUAGACUUCAGAGCAGUUUUAUCUUAAUACUAUAAAAAUAAAUUCUAUAUUAAAUUACAAGCCAGUUUAUCAAAAAUACAAAUGUAUAUUUUUAUUGAAUUUUAUGAUGCCUACGAAAAUAUGCCAUAGUCAAAUCAACUUUUUAUUUUAAACAUUAUUUGGAUUGGAAAGUUGCAUUUAUUUUGUUGAUACUAGGAAAUACUUUUAUAUUAAUUAUAUUGACGAUUUUGUACACCUAUACUAGUACCUACGUAAUGUUAAGUUGCACUUAAAUAUGUAAGUGAAAAUGUAUGAAAUCAGUUAGGUUUUAUAAUAAAUGUUCGUUUUUUUAUAAA